AUGAAGAAAGAUAUUGUUGAGUAUGUUGGUCGGUGUUUGAACUAUCAGCGGGUGAAGUAUGAGCAUCAGAGACCUGAUGGAUCAUGGGAUCAUUUUCUACUAUUAGCAAAGUUCGCCUACAACAACAACUAUCAGGCGAGUAUCCACAUGGCUUCAUAUGAGACUUUAUAUGGGAGGCGCUGCAGUUCUCCGGUUGGUUGGUUUGACCCUAGGAAGGCUAGGUUGGUGGGCACUUAUUUGGUCCGUGAUGCUUUGGAGAUAGUGAAGUUGAUUCAUGAGCGACUUCGUGCAGUGCAGUCCAAGAAGAAGAGUUACUCUAACAGAAAGGCUCGUGAUGUUGCAUAUAUGGUGGGUGAAGGUUCUACUUAG